AUAGAAAACAUAAAGCAGCGGAAAUUAAAAAUGGAUACUCUGUAACUAUUAGCUGUGACAGGGAAAGAGAGGUUCCACUGCGUCGAGAAGCUUCAGAUCCUGCCAUGGCUACUCCGACGCCAUCGUCCAAAUGGACCGACAAUAUUUCCUCAAUAGCCGCUCGCAUCUUGUUCCUCCUCAUCAUCUUUCAGAUCCCUCUUUUCAGGGUGACUUGCAGAUCUGGCAUGUGUACAACCCCUUUGCAUGUCACAUCGUCGCAGUUAAUUGCAAGUGAGCUCUUUCCUGUUGUUGUUGUGAAGGGCCUUCUGUACCCAGGGGCUGCAUUGAAUGGCCUCAUCCACAACAUGACUGUUCCACGUUGGGAUAGUUUGUUGGAUUUGUAUAAUUUGACCAAUGUGAAGGAAGCUUCUGCAGUAACUGAUCUCCAGCGCUUGGAGGUUCUUGCGGGGAGCUACUUCACAGUGGCUGGAGCACUUGUGGGUAUUCUAAAACCCGGGAGAAUGAGCGUGUUUGGGAACCUUCUUAUAAUUUGGGGACUGGUCAAAGAAGGGAUUUUAGGAAAGCCAGUAAAUUCUGAUCCUUCAAAAGCUGUGUACGUCUACCCAACAAUGGUGAUCGCCAUGUUAUGUGCUUUCUCAUCCGUUAAGUAUGAUGUGAAGAAGGUUGCUAGGUCAGCCCCUGUCAGGUCCUCUGCAAGACCACUUCAGGGCUCAUCUAAGUCUAAGCUGAAAUAAGUAAUGAUUCUCAUGAUGUCAAGUUAAAAUUGUACGCUUUCUCCCAAAUUCAUUUUGGAACAUAUAGUUCAGUUUUUUUCAAGAAUUAUUACCAUCUUAUUUUACUAAUUCCUAUUAAUUGAUUGAGCUUGUUGAU